AGGUGACUUGACUUGACCUUCACAGAGUAAAAAUUUAAAUCAAUAUGCACUGGAACUGAGAACAAAACUCCACACUUUGGGGCAGCUAUCUAUGGAGAAUUUGUUACAGGUUCAGGACAAACAAAGCCUGCUGUUCAAUAGAGGAACCAAUUUAUGUUAAUUUUCACUGGGAGAUAAAGUGCUUGUAUUACUUCCAACUUUGAGCUUUAGAUUAGUUGCAAAGUGGCAAGGACCGUUUGUGGUCACACAGCAAUUCAGGGAUCUCGAUUAUCAGGUGGUGUCAGAUAGGAGCAGGGCACGUCAAAUUUGUCACCUCAGCCUCCUAAAGAAAAUGAAUGAGGUGCAAUCAGUGGUGCUGAUGACGGUAGUGAGUGGAGAAGAGGAUCUUGGGCCAGAAGUAAGCACCAAAACUUAAUCUCUUGCGUUGGCACCGGGAGGAGAUCAUCUCUCGCCCUCCCAGAACUCUGAUGUGGCCAAGUUGCAAGCAGAAUUUGCUGAUGUGUUCUAGACCCUACCUGGUCUAAUGAAUCUCAUGAAUGAAUCAUCAUUCAUGAUUCAUUUCACUUCUAUGUCCUUUCUCUUCAUAUUCCUCUCUUUGAAUUGGUUUAAUGUACUGAAAAUGAAAUUGACAUUUUUUUCUUUCUUUUCAGACCUAAUGGAAGAGAAUGAGGAGAGUGAAGAACUGAGUGAAGUUGAGGAGAAACAUCAUGUCAAACCUGGAGAAAAACAUUUGAGUCGCUCAAAGACUAAAAAGACAUUUAUAAAGAGAAGAGACAAGAUUCAUAUGAAAGUUCACACUGGAAAGAAGCCUUAUGUAUGCCAUCAAAGUGGGAAGAGUUACAGUCAAUCAUCACAACUAACGACACACGUGAGAAUCCACACCGAAGAAAAGCUAUUUGUAUGUCAUCAGUGUGGGAAGAGAUUCAUAGCCAAAGACUAUCUUAAGCUUCACAUGAAGAUCCACACUGGAGAGAAGACGUACACAUGUCAUGACUGCGGAAGUAAAUUUCUUAGGGCAUCACACCUGAAGAAACACCUGACAGUUCAUACGAAGGAGAAGCCACAUUCAUGUUCUGUGUGUGGAAAGAGUUUUUCGCAGCUGUGUAGUUUACAAGAGCAUGAGAAACUUCAUAAUGGUGUGAGAGAGUACAUGUGCUUUGAGUGCAAGAAGACUUUUACUUCAGGAAGAUAUUUAAAACUGCACCAGAGAAUUCACACAGGAGAAAAACCUUACAAGUGUUCACACUGUGACAAGAGAUUCAGUCAGUUAGCAAAUCUGAAAACACAUGAGAGGAUCCACACUGGAGAAAAACCUUACAAGUGUUCGCACUGUGACAAGAGAUUUAAUCACUCAUCACAUAUGAAAACACAUGAGAGGAUCCACACUGGAGAAAAACCUUACAAGUGUUCAAACUGUGACAAGAGAUUCAGUGCGAUAGCAAAUCUAAAAAGACAUGAGAAGAUCCACACUGGAGAAAAACCUUACAAGUGUUCAAACUGUGACAAGAGAUUCAGUGUGUUAGGAAAUAUGAAAAGACAUGAGAGGAUCCAGAGUUCAUAUUUAUGUGCUGAGAAACAAAACCCACUUUUCCAUCAUCAGGAUGUACGGUUCAGAGAUUGGUAA